AUGAGUCUGAUCGAACAGCUGGUGCAUCAGUACAGCACGCUGACGGCUUCGUUGACGGCAAACAUCGCCCGCAUUCAAAGAUCCAACGAAGGUGAUCUGAAACGAAUCAUAAAUGAAGGUAAAUGCCAGAUCGCCGACAUCGACGAAUUGUUGGAACAGAUGGAGUUGCUGGCUCCUGAUAUUGAGGAUGAAAAUGACCGUCGCAAAUACCAGAACACGAUGAACAGCUUCAAGACUGACGCCAAAUUGCUGAAAGCUGAAUUGGUAUUUCUGUAA